AAUUGCGCCCUAUGUUGUUGAACACUCGCUGGCCUGGUAGUGAGUGUCUCGAUCCACGGCCAAACAGAGGCGCUAAAAAGAACAUUGCUUGAGAUAGGCUUGAGAGCAGUAUCAUGCACCGAAGCCACACCUCGAUUGCGGACUUCAAACCCAUUUGACGAAUUUAGGUCCGGAUCCAAGACUUAGCCAAUGGAAACGGAGGUGCACCUGGCAGUCAAGUCGGUCUUGGGACGGAUGUUGCAACCCCGGCCGGCUGUUGUUCCCGCCCCGCAGAGAAGUUGAGAGGAGCAAGAUGGCCGGUGGGUGGCUCGUGAUGGCGAGUUUGUAGGCAUAUCCGUACUUUCUCCAGGCUUGCAAGCUUCUACAAUAUCGCCAUCUUUGUCUUUGAUUUGUACACUAGUCAUACCCCCGCGAAUCCCGAUCGAAAAUGUUGGAAAUAAUGCAUUUCCUAGACCCAAAUUCGCCGUUUCAGACCAUCGUGCCACGGGGCCAGGCGGGAGAUAAGAAGAAGCAUCAUGGGUCGCCGAUAUUAAACACAGGGCAAAGAGAUGCCGCCAUUGGCCGAGGUCUCUUGGAUGCAUCGCCGCCCAUCAGGAAAACGAGUGGCAAGUUCCCCGUCGAGCCUACCGUGCCGUUUUGCACCCCGUUUUCCCUUACUGAUUCUUUUCAAGCCCAUCAUCCCACAUGGGGCCCAAGUGGUCCCCAAUCCAGAUGCCAGAGCAUUUGAUAUUGGAGGCAUGAAAAAAGACCGUCAGUGCGACAUCGCUUGUGAGUUGAUUCGGCCCUCCGCUUCAGACACCUCUGGCCUGGCACACCCAGCCCAGCCCUGCGGCAGCUAUCACCAAUGCUUUUUUGCUUCUUCUCUCCUUCUUUCGAAGCCGACCAUCGCUUCCAUGCGUCAGGGCGCGCAUUAGUGUUAUCUCAUCGCGACGGGAUGGAUCAAGGAACAGCAUCACGCAAGCAGUCUCCAGGUCUCUGGGCAAUGCUGGGCCCCCGCCUCGAUCCCUGUCACAUCGCCGGGAGCUCAACCCAUUAAACCAGCCAUCAGGCCAAUUUAGGCAGGUCAGCAGUCGCUGGGGGUCGCUGUGGUCGACGGCUUGUGUGCUUCCUGUGCUUCCAGAAGCAGCCCCUCCUUCAUUUUCACCCGCUAGCGAGUUGACCUGACCCUCCCAUGGUCCUGCUCCCCCAGGCCCGCCGAGAAGUCGCCCAGCCGAACCAGUGUUUGCCCUUGGCCCAGUGCACUCCAUGUCGCCGACGCUGGCUGUUGCAGAGAAUCCACCGUUUCUUUACCACCACCUUCUCCCCUUCCAAGACCACCACUUCUCCAUUCCUACGCUGUCGCCCACUGCCCCGUUCGUCGCUGGCUCUGUCUCACCUGUGUGAACCCCGGGCCCCGCUUCUUCACUGAUCAGUGAGCCAGUGAUCUGCGCAUUGAAGCACGAGGCAGCCAUGUCCAGUUUCAAUAUACAUUAAUCCAUCCCCCUGUCUUAGCUGCGCUCGCGCCAUUGACUUUGUUUUCUCUUUUUUCUUCUCCCUACAACACCAAAACGUUGCUGUUUUGCGUGGCGGCCCCGACGACACACCACUGGGCGCGUCGAUUACAUCCUUUCUUGCUUCUCCGGCCCUGUCGCGCCGGGAGCAACGGAGCGGGCCGAUACUCGCUCCGCUCAACCAAGGGGAUCUCUGAAGGAAGGCAGUGUGGAUUGAGACAGAACCAAAAUGGCCCCGGCAUUUUUGAGUGGCAUUCUUCGACGGCGGCGUGAUGAGGAGGAGCAACUGCCAAGUGUUGACGGGUCGUUGGAGGGGGACUCGAGUGGGCUGGCGUCGCUGAAGCAUUUUGAGAAGAUGCACCGACUGGAUCCAAACCUGCCGUUGGACGAGCUGGAGGAGGUGGAUAUCGCCAUCAUCUUGAACCAGCAAAAUGCCGAGAAGGGGGCGGAAAUUGAGCAGGUCUUGAAUGAGGACAACUCUCCAUAUCCAGAAGUACGAGCCACGGUACGAAACUUCGAUGUCGAGAUGCCUGCGAAUACGGUGCGAGCAUGGGUCAUUGGGAUGCUCUUGUGUACGAUUGGCUCCGCCGUCAACAUGCUGCUGUCGCUACGAAACCCGAGCAUCAUGCUCACGACGUUUGUCAUCCAACUCAUCGCCUACCCAUUGGGUCUCUGCUGGGAUUAUGUGUUCCCGGACCGUGUGUGGAAUGUAUGGGGGCUCAAGUUCAACCUCAGGCCAGGACCAUUCAACUUUAAGGAGCAUGUUAUCAUUGUGGUCAUGUCAAAUGCUGCGUAUGGAGGUGGCGCUUUGUAUGCUACUGAUGUGAUCAUUGCACAGCGUAUGUGGUACGGCCAGAACUUUGGCUGGCUAUGGCAAAUGCUAUUCGGCAUCACGACACUUUGCACGGGUUAUGGGCUGGCUGGUUUGGCAAGGAGGUUCCUGGUGUGGCCCGCCGCCAUGAUUUGGCCGACCGAUCUUGUCAACUGCGCCCUAUUUUACACCCUUCAUGACCACAGCCCAUCCGAUCCGACAGUGACGAACGGCUGGAGCAUCAGCAGAUACAAGUGGUUCAUGAUCGUGUUCGGUGGCUCGUUUUUGUGGUACUGGUUCCCAGGCUAUCUCUUCCAGGGCUUGUCAUGGUUCUGCUGGAUCACCUGGAUCUGGCCGGAGAAUGUUGUGGUCAACCAGCUGUUUGGUGGAUAUAGCGGUUAUGGACUGUUCCCCAUCACUCUGGAUUGGAGCAUAAUUUCCGGCUAUCUCAUGUCACCGCUUAUUCCCCCAUUUCACGCCAUCGCCAAUGUCAUCGGCGGGGUCACGGUUUUCUUCGUUUUUGUGUCUAUCGGGAUCCAUUACUCGGGCAUGUGGUACUCGGAGUUCCUGCCGGUUCAAAACGCCCACGCUUACGAUAACACCGGCAAUAUUUACAACGUUUCCAAGAUUUUAGGAGCUGACCUGCAGUUCGACGAGGCCAAAUACAUGGCCUACUCCCCGCUUUAUCUCCCUACGCAAUUCGCGCUCGCCUACGGGCUUUCGUUCGCCGCGGUUGCUGCCGUCAUCACACACGUCGCCUUGUACCACGGCCGCGAAAUCAUGUCACAAUGGAGGCUGGCCCGGCAACAAGAGGACGACAUUCACAUGAGGCUCAUGAAGAAGUACAAGGACGCUCCGGACUGGUGGUACGUUGUGCUCUUCGUCAUCAUGCUCGGCAUGUCUUUUGCCGUGGUCGAGGCCUGGGACACCAACUUCCCCUGGUGGGCUUACAUCAUCUGCAUGCUCAUCCCGCUUGUCUGGACGAUCCCCAUCGGCAUCGUCCAGGCUAUCACCAACAUUCAACUCGGCCUCAACGUCUUGACCGAGUUCAUCAUCGGUUACAUGCUCCCCGGUCGCCCGCUCGCCAUGAUGAUGUUUAAGAACUAUGGUUACUUGUGCAUGUCACAAGCGCUUUACUUUGUCCAGGAUAUGAAACUAGGUCACUACAUGAAGGUCCCUCCCCGAACCAUGUUCUGGUCGCAGCUCAUCGCAUCGAUAUGGUCCGCCAUUGUUCAAAUUGCCGUCAUGAACUGGGCCCUGGACACGAUCCCCGACAUCUGCUCCGAAGAUCAAAUUCACCAUUGGAACUGCCCAAGCGCUCGCGUCUUUUAUACCGCUUCCAUAGUAUGGGGCGCUAUUGGUCCGGCGCGCAUGUUUUCUGGCACAGCGCUUUACAGCUCUCUCCAGUGGUUCUGGCUCGUCGGUGCCAUUGCUCCCAUCAUCACCUGGUUCUUCGCCCGCCGAUAUCCGAGAUCCCUCUGGCGGUACGUCAACAUGCCGCUUAUUUUCGGUGGAUCAGGCUGGCUGCCACCCGCGACGGUGUAUAUCUACUACUGCUGGGGCAUCGUGGGGUCGGCCUUCAACUAUCUUAUCAGGAGGAAGAAGACAGGUUGGUGGUUGCAGUACAACUAUGUCACUUCGUCGGCGCUGGACUGCGGGUUGAUUGUGUCAACGUUGGUGAUUUUUUUUGCGCUCUAUCUGAGCGAGACGGAUGCGCCAAAGUGGUUUGGAAACACGGCCGUGUUGGCUACUUUGGAUAUGACGGCGAAGUCGAUACAAAAGGUUGUACCGAAGGGGGAGACUUUUGGGCCGAGUGUAUGGCCAUAGUGGGGAGUGAGGGUACAGGGGCAAAUAGGAGGUCAAAUGGGAGGAGUUUAGGGAGUUGGAUGUGUUUUUUUUUGGGGGGGGAGUUUACCGGUUUUGAUUGAUUUUCAGUUCGGAAAGUCUUUACUAUAUGGCAUGUGCUGGACUUGGUUUUGUUCACUUGUGGUUUGAUGGUUAUUUUUGGAUGAAAAUAAGCGAGCGAGUAGGCGAGCAAUGGUCUUGGGGGGAUUUUGUCUCUCUGUGGAUUUAAGGGGUGAGGGGGGUUGAUAUGGAGAGGAUCAAGUCAUGUGUCAUAUGUAGCUGUCUAUUGGGAUGUCAAAAAUGAGAUAGUUGUCGGUCAAGGGACUUUUCGGGUUUGUUGUGCCCUGUUUGCGAGUGUCAAGUUUCCCUAAAACCUUCGAUAUCACUCUAUGACGAUAGGUGUUUCAAACGUAGAUACGUAAAAUUAGAGACCAUAGUUCAAAAGCUCAAAAAUACAUCCUAUCCCAUAA